AUGGCGGGGGAGGAGGGGCUCUGUUGGCCGGAACAUCUUUUCUGCUCUAUCAAAAACAUCGCAACGACGUCAUCUGCCGCAGCCACAAGUCGCGCAGAAAACACCAAAGCCCAUAGCAAGCCAUUGCACUAUCAACGCCUAACAAUUACAAUAGCCAACGACCCCUUUACUCAACCUGCCAUGAUAAUGUCUGUCCAACCGUCGCCGCCGCAUGCCUCUCCGACGCGCAAAACUCCUGGCGUCUCAUCCACACAUCCCAACACUCCGAACAUCCAACUACCACAAUCGCAACAAGACGAACGCGUAGCCUCGCCUGAUCCAACCGUUGCACCUCGCUUUCCUACACCACAGACAUUUGACAUCCUCCCGCCUCUUCACGCACUCUUGGCUAGGCUCUUAUCAAACCAAUCGUCUAACUUUGCUACCGGUCAGCCGGGAGAAUCGGGCCUAUCCCAAUCUACGGAACCAACACCCGGUGGAGGGAUCGGGUCAUUAGACGGCCUUGAUCCGAAGUCAUUGCUUACGGGAGCCAGUGCUGUUAAGAUACGGAUUCAGAAAGCGAGGAAUGCCGUUGAGGAGUUGCCAGAUAUCGAUCGAACUAUCGCCGAGCAGGAAGAAGAGAUUGAGCAACUGGAGAAGAAAAUAGAGAAGCUAAAGGGAGUUAUUAGCGAUUUUAAAGUGAGAAGCUCGGAGCUUGCCAAUGGAUUAUGA